AUGGCACAAGAAAACCGGGGCGGGGAUCAUAAGAGCAAGAAAAAUGAAGGAAGGCGGGAGGCAAUACGCUCUUUUUUGGAAUCCCUCAAAUGCCAGGAGUCACAUUAUUGUAGAUCGAAAAGUGCUUGCCGUGUAUAUCUACCACCAGAACUAAACAUCAGAAAAUUAUACCAAAUGUAUUUAAAUUCAGCACUUGACAAUGUCAUGGUUAAAGAACCAUUUUUUAGACGUGAAUUUUGUACAAAAUACAACAUAGGUUUCGGAUCGCCUAGAACUGAUGUAUGUUCCACAUGCAUUCAGAUUAGUGAAAAAAUUAAGCAGGUUAUAGAUGAUCCUCCUACAAAAGCUGCGCUUAUGGCUCAGAAAACUGUACAUAAACUAAAGGUGCAAGCCUUUUUUGCUUUACUGAAAGAAGAAUACCCAGAAAUGAUAAUGUUAUCAUUUGAGUGCCAAAAGAAUUUGCCACUUCCAAAACUUCCUGACCAAGAGGCAUAUUGUUCAAAACAAUAUAACUUUUACUAUUGUUUGUGGUAG